AGGAAGUAACUGUGGGUGGUUUUAAACAUAUUCCAUCACCUUUGCUCCUUCCUCUUCAAUUUAAAUUGAACCAAAGGGAUCCCUGUUUUUAAUUUUGUGCUUAAAAAUGAAUGUUUUUGUAUUUCUUUUUUCUUCUAGGCUGUAUUCAUCACCAAAGAAAACACUCACACCAAUGCAGAAAUCUGUGAGCCCGUUAGUUUGGUGCAGGCAAGUUCUGGAUCACCCAAGUCCUGAUAUUGAGUGUGCUAAGAAGUCACUUAUCCACAGACUUGACCAAACUAUGUCAGCUCUCAAGAGGCAGAAUUUAUAUAAUAAUCCGUUCAACUCUAUGAGUUACACGAGUCCUUACAGCCCAAAUGCUAGCAGCCCCUACAGCAGUGGCUUCAACUCUCCAUCCUCAACCCCAGUGCGACCUCCCAUAGUUAAACAGCUAAUACUUCCUGGAAAUUCAGGUAAUUUGAAAAGCUCAUCAGACAGAAACCCCCCACUCAGUCCCCAGUCCUCUAUAGAUAGUGAGUUAAGUGCUUCCGAAUUAGAUGAGGAUUCCAUUGGAUCCAAUUACAAGCUAAAUGACGUGACUGAUGUGCAGAUUCUAGCCCGGAUGCAGGAAGAAAGUCUCCGGCAAGAAUAUGCAGCCACCACGUCUCGGCGCAGUUCUGGUUCAUCUUGCAAUUCUACAAGACGGGGUACUUUUAGUGACCAGGAACUUGAUGCACAAAGUUUAGAUGAUGAAGAUGACAGUAUGCAUCAUGCGGUAUACCCUGCUGUUAACAGGUUCUCACCGUCACCACGCAAUUCACCUCGACCAUCACCCAAGCAGUCACCUAGAAACUCACCGCGCUCACGGUCGCCUGCGCGGGGAAUAGAGUACACUCGAGUGUCCUCACAGCCUAUGAUUAGCCGCUUACAGCAGCCGCGCCUUUCACUCCAAGGCCAUCCCACAGACCUGCAGACCAGCAGUGUCAGGAACGAAGAAAAACUAAGGCGCAGUCUUCCAAACCUGUCCCGAACACCUAAUACAGUUGACUCAGUGAAAAGCAGCCGAAGUGACUCAAAUUUUCAAGUGCCAAAUGGAGGAAUACCUCGCAUGCAAGCUCAGGCUUCAGCCACUUCGCAAAGGCUGAAAAAUUUGCCUCGUACUUCCCUCAAAGCCAAACAGUUGCUUCAAACUUCAUCUACAAAAAGAGUUCCGUCUCCAGGCAAAUUCCGCUCCCCUGUGGCACCAUCUCCUCUGGCUCUUCGGCAACCAGUGAAGGCAUUUAGUAACCACGGCUCUGGUUCUCCUGGAAGCCAAGAAAUAACGCAGCUCACACAGACCACCUCCUCACCUGGGCCCCCCCUGAUUCAGAACACAGCCCCAGCAAACUCUCCCAGCAAUAUCAACAGCACUACACUAACCAGACCUACAGGGACAACCGCAAUGAGAAGUGGCUUGCCCAGACCCAGUGCCCCUGCUGCGGGGGGUAUACCAGUGCCUCGCAGCAAGCUUGCACAGCCUGUCCGCAGAUCCUUGCCAGCUCCUAAAACCUAUGGCAGCAUGAAAGAUGACAGUUGGAAAGAUGGCUGCUACUGACCAGCAGAGACAAGAGCGCAGAGGUGCACGGCAUCACGGACACCCCUCCACCAGGCUAAAAACAACUUUAUACGCAGACUGUUCAGACAAGACUCUUGGGAUCCAUAAAAUCCCAGCCUUCUCUGUCUUAAUUAGCACAAACCGACAGAGAUCAUCAGACAGCACUUUAAUGACAUUUACCAUCAGACAUGUUUGGUAAUCAUACAAUCACUCUCCAUGGAAUCACUUUUAGUUUUGUUUAAUAGAAACUAGGUUGGUUUUUAAAAAUAUUUGGCAGAGGCCGAUAUCCGGGCAAAUACCUAAUGGAUGCCAAAGAGAAACGCCCGUUUGUAAAUGAGAGAAAUGCCCAUUUGUGCACAAGAACACAUUGAAUUUAAGCUACCCAAAACUUCACACUCAGCCUCAUUUACUGUAUCAAUAGUGACAAUAAAUACUUGUGUUAACGAGAACUAAUAUUCUGACUAAUUAUCUAAAGUGUUCCAUUAGUGCUUCACUAGUCCACCAGGAACUAGAGAUUGAGGUUGAGGUGUGGGAAGAAGCAGCCUGGGCUAGAGAUGUAAAACAUCCCUACAUUUGGGAGAGGUCCAUGCAUCGCUUUUACAGAUUCAUUAGAAAAGUCAUCAUCGUUUCAUCUUAAGUUUCGGUGUAGCUCACUGGUCACCAUGGUGGUACAGAGCACCCACCAUGUUACAUCCACACAACAUCAUGUUUGUUUUGAUUGCCAAAAGGGCUUACUGUCAGUUGUACAAUCUUUCUAAACUUUAUAGUUCCUGGCUCAGGAAAGAUGGCCUUUGCUGUUGAAGCCAACUUCUCCACAUGCUGUUACCUUUACAGAACUAAGAGGUCUUGUUUCUAUUUGCAGGUUUUCAGGAUAGGAAAGAGCAGGGAGCGUGUGUCUUUAUUCUUGAUACAACACCUCGGUGCUUACAUCCUGGAGCAAACCAUACAAUGAGAGGGGGAAGAAAUCUAUGCACUUAACCUACAAAAUCUCGGGUGAUGACAGUUGUAUUGUUGCUAUUACGUGGCAUAACGGUCUAUCAUGUGGUAGGAAAACAGAGCCUGCUCAGCCCUACUUAAGUUGAUCCGCUUUAAACUGAGUAACCGUAGAAAACAUCUUUUGAAAAUACUGUCCCUUUUGACUUCGAUUCUGCCUUACAUCAGUUUUGCAUUUUUGAUAACACGCCUACUACGUAUGACUCCAAGCUGUCAAACACUUGCUCUCUAACGGUUCUUAGAAAGAUCCUUAAACUUGCCUAUUUCAGGUUUAUCACACUGUUAUUAGAUUAAACGUCCUUCUGUACCAGGCUUCUCAUUUUUGAUAGUGAAGUCUGUUUUUAAAUACUUAAUCUGAACAGUUCUAAAAUCGACAGUUGGGUCACCUACACGUCUUUAGAGAUUUGAACAUAAGUUCAUUUCCUGUUAAUCAAAGACAUUCUGUAAGUUGGCAAAGAAAAUUGAGAGCGAUGGAAGGCUUGAUGUUCAUUGAGGUUGAUAGGUUGAGAGAGUGAUAAAACUUAACACCAAGACUUCCAUUCUGCAAGCUGACACCAAGGAGUCUUGACUAGCUUGGCCAGUUGGGAGUCACUCAGCAAGCAGCUGGAAAGUAAGCCACCAGUACUAUGUAUUUGGUGUAUACUGCAAGGAGGAAAUUGUAUCCCUGAUUUUGAGGGUGAUUGAGUGGGUCAGGAAAGGAUGGUGCCAGAAUUCUAUGUGAUGAUGAACUAAAAAAAUGUUGCUUUUCAGAGGAAGGUAAAGAAAGCAUCUGCUUUUGAGAGGGGGUGUCUCAUGUCAAUCUAAGUAAAAGAAAACUAGCCACUGUCUUCUAAAAACCACAUAUACACAAAGCAAAACAGGUCUUAGUUUUGAGUGCAACAUUUCAAAAAAUAUAUAUGCUGCAAUCGAAUAUUUAAAAUGAACUUUAUUAUGAAACACUCAUUACAUUUUUUAGUUGGGUGAUCAGUUUCAAAAGGAGUAUUCAGGUUAUUUGUUUUUAAAUGGCUGCAUCGAAAAAAAUGUCUAUUUUUUUUUAUUAAAUAUUUCAUCACUUGUUAAAAUGUAUUUUGGAUCUGAUUUUGGUAAAGUAUUAUUUUCCCUGCUGUUGUACUACCACAGACUAUUGGCUUUUAGUUUCCUAAAGAGAAAAAUUGCCUUUUUACUAGAAAGCCUUUGUGUAUUGCCAAUUUUUCUGUUUGGGAAAAUCUAAGGAUUUACUGUGGUUAGUCUUACAGAAGAAAUGUGGAUUUGAUAACCUAGUGCCUAUGAUUUUAACUUACGUUUGAUAGCUAGUAGUAAGGGUUUUAUGAAUGUCAAUUAUUUUGUGCCAACAGCCCAGAAUUGUCACUUGUAUGUAAGCAGAACACGAUGAGCUCUGCUUCCAAAGUUAUUUAAUUUUCUCAGUGUUUGAAUGUUAUUUUUUGUAAGUGUGUUAAUAAAGUGUAAAGAAUUGGAAAAAUAUAAAUAUUCUUAACUCAAGCAUUUGCUGGAUCAUUUUUCUACAAAACUUGUUUGUAUAAUAUGAAACACUCUGAAGAGUUGACUUUUUUCAGUUUUCAUAUUCUGGAAAUCACAUUUUGUAAAACUGGGGACCAUUCAUAAUUGUCAGAUACUUUUAAAAAUUAUCUCAAUACAUCACUUUUAUAAAAAAGUUUUUUUGAAAGAAAAUUAGAUACAUAUGUGGCCCCAGAUGUUUGUAUAACUCUAGAAUGAUCUAGACUGUGUAUGUUUAAAUUAACUUUUUAUUGAAUGUACAGAUACCUUUUUUGACAUUACGCAUGGUCCUUUCAGAUCACAUGAAGUUUUAUUUGCAAACAUUUCUAAAGCCGAACUUGUAUAUGUGGUUACCUCCUUAAUAAACAGCCUGACCAUAAUGUUUAUUAUUAAAUUUAUAUGCGUUUUUUUCAAGUGUUUAAUUAA